AUGGAUAACCCUUGGGGAUCGCCUUGGGCCGAUGAGACGGAAUCACCCAGUACCAAUACCUUUACCAAACCAACCGACACUAAUAUAUCGAAAACGCCCGCGAAAGCUCCUAGCCUAGCCUUCCAGUCUUCAACAGCCUCGCCUUGGGACGAUAUAAGCGGAGAUAAUGGCGACAAUGCUUUGGGGGACUGGGCAGAGAUGCCCUCCGAGAAGCCUAGCACUGGUUUCGGGUUGGAUGGCAUGAACGACGGGUGGAAUGGAAGCGUGGAUGACAUCGAGGGGCUGGAAAAACAAAAGAGCGGCCACUUGCCAGAUGCUUGGAAUGAUGAAGCGCCUAUUGCGGACACGAAUCUGGUCCCAAGCCCAUUACAAAAGGACAAGGAAAUAAUACGACAACGCUCGAUCGAUCCUUGGACUUUAGAAACCGAACAUGCGGAACUGGUGGUUCAUCCACCAACCAACGCGCCUAAAGAGGAGGAAUCGAAGGGCAGAAGCACCACGAAAAGUGCUACACAGGAAAAUAUCACGAACGGAGAGAUUCUGUCAGAAACAGUCAGUAUAGAUUCUGCGAUCGACGUGUUUCCUGAGUCGGUCAGCGAAGUAUCUCAGGAGACGGCUGUGCAACGUGAGAAGGUGGGAGAGGAGGAAACAGGCUUAGGCAAAGAGAAGGAUACUGCCAAAGUUGUGGAAAAAGAAGAAUCUCCAAACACGAAUGAAAUUGGUCCCCCAUCUUUACGGCCUUCCUCAUCGCCUUCUGAUCGAAGCCAACAUGAUGAAAUCUUCUCUGAAUCUCCUCGAACUUCUUUCGAUGAAGAACCGAAACUGCGUCCCCAGAGACCUAGAACGGUCUCUACAAAAGUGCAAGAGCUUGUAGAGCAUUUUGAUACCAUUGCAAAGGAGGAAGUACCUGUUUUAAUAAGCACGAAUUCGAAAAAAAAGAACCCAAAAUGCGAAGGCACAGAUCAACCGGGAGACGCUGAUUGCAAUCAGGAGGAGCCGGGUACAGAUGCUGAGAGUGAAAAUGAUGACUUUGGAGACUUUGGGGAUUUUGAAGACGGCCAAUCUGAUAGCGAAUCAAUAAAAGAUGAAAGUGCUUUCCAAAUCACAGCUACGGCAGGUGAUUCAGAACAAGCUUCGGUCAAAGAUAUAGGCGAGAAGGACUAUGGACCGAUUACCUGGACGCUUGUUAUACCACUACUAGAGCAAAUUUAUCCAGAUCUAAAGGAUACUCCUGAGCCGGAGAGGGUUUUCAUACCAGACAAUAUUCCUCAUGACUCAUUUGCAUCUACGGAAGAACGUAGGAUCUGGUAUCGACUCUCUCGCUAUGGUCCAAUGAGACAACAUAACACAAGAGACGACGAGAACUAUGUCCGGGUAAAUUGGAAACAAUCCCAAGUUCGCGAUGAAACCUUAAAGGUUGUGGCUCGCUGGAUAGAAGAAGAUCGUAUUAGUGGGCGUGUUAUUCUUGGGGGCGGUAGUAAGGCAGGCUCUAUUUUUGGUUGGAACGAUCCCAACGCAAAACCGGCUUCUAUAUCUGCGGCCUUCGCAGAAAGGAAAUCUAGAAAGAAAUCCGAGUCAACAUCUGCUGCAGCUCCUGUAGACGUACCCAGAGAAUGGCCAAAAGGCUUAGUGAAAGAUCGUUCUGCCACCCAGGGUCGUACUUCAUCGGCAUCCCGGAGGAGAACUUCAGUCAAAUCCACGACGAGUGUAGAUGAGGCUAAGAGGGAAAAGACGACCCCAUUUCCUGUUGCGAAUUUCGGAUGGAAUCCAGAAAGCCAUGGCGAAAGUUCCAAGAAGGUUUCAAGCAGGCCUUCAUCCUCCCAUAAGAGGUCUGGUUUGAAAUCCAGCGUCAGCUCUGCCACGAAAGGUUCUUCGCCAAAGCAAAAGAGGCCAUCACGAAGUCAGCAUUCGUCUACAGGUAGUGUGCCAAAGGUGGGAGACCUUGCUCCUCAAACAUUGUUUCCUGCCACAAAGCUUGAGACUAUACUGUCUCCUUCCUUCGCUAAACCUGCUCUACCGAGGAUCCAGCCGGUUCAGCCUGCUCCCAUCCAGCCUGUCAAACAAGUCCCGGAUAGCUUCAAUGACGAAGAAGAUGAAGAUUGGGGUGAGAUGAUAUCUUCACCAGUCGCUGUUGCUGUCCCAGUCUUGCCACUUAACAGUUUGCGGCACAAAAAAUCACAAAGCUUGGUAGGAAAUGUUUCAUCGAUGAGAAGUCCGACAGCAGCAACGAUACUACCAGUCAAUAGCCAUCGUCCAUCCAUGAGUUUGGAUCAAAUACUGUCUCCCACACAGCCGUCUCCUCAAUCUUCAAAUUUUGUACCCGUUACCAAUUCUGUACCAACCUUACAGCCAUUUUCUCCCGCACCUGCAGUGCAUGGUUCCUCUUCCAACACUGUCAACGAUCCUUGGGCUUCCGCGGAUUUCUCAUUUUUUGAUUCGCCUGCUCCAGCUUCAGUUCCUGCGAGUAUGUCUAAAACAAUCGCAUCAAGAGCAACUACAAACCCAAAUUCAGCAUCCAUACCAAGCCCUUUGAAAUCUUCUUCAUUGGCUGCAACAACGGGUGUUCCCAUCCCUUCACCAGGCACGCCUAGUACUAGACGAACAAAGGAAGAAAUGGAGCAGGACAGAAUUGUACAAGGUGUCUUGAAGUCACUCCCAGAUUUGAGUUAUAUGUUUAAGCGGUAG